AUGUGCUUGGACAACUUCUUCACCUCCACGCGUUCCGGCAUUGCGGAUUUGAUGGGCCAUCCUCGCUUCGAGUUCAUCCGCCACGAUGUCACGGAGCCCUUCUAUUGCGAAUGCGAUAUGGUCUACAACAUGGCCUGUCCAGCCUCACCGGUCCACUAUCAAUGGAAUCCCAUUAAGACCACGAAGGUCUCCGUGUUGGGCACGAUCAACAUGAUGGGCUUGGCCAAGAGAGUGAAAGCACGGAUAUUGCAAGCCUCGACGAGCGAAAUCUAUGGAGAUCCCGAGGUGACUCCACAAAGUGAAGAGUACUGGGGUCACGUGAACACCAUCGGUGUGAGGUCUUGCUAUGAUGAGGGUAAACGUGUCGCGGAGACGUUGGCGUUCGACUACCUCCGCAGCAACAACGUAGACAUCCGCGUCGCACGGAUCUUCAACACCUAUGGGCCAGGUAUGCAUCCCUAUGAUGGCCGUGUGGUGAGCAACUUCAUCCUGCAAGCCCUCCAUGGGGAGGACAUCACCAUCUAUGGCGAUGGUUCGCAGACGAGAUCCUUUGGCUACGUGGACGACACCGUGGAUGGGCUCAUUCGACUGAUGAACCAAGAAGCCACCAUUGGGCCGGUGAACAUUGGCAAUCCCAACGAGUUCACCGUGAAGGAGUUGGCGGAGAUGAUCAUCGAGCUGACGGGAUCCAAAAGUAAGAUCGUGUUCUUGCCUUUGCCCGGCGACGACCCAAAGCAGCGUCGGCCCAACAUCACCCGGGCGAAAGCCUUGCUGGAAUGGGAGCCCAAGGUGCAGCUCAGAGAAGGCUUGACGAAGACCAUCCACUACUUCAAGGCACUGGAUCUUCGGAAGUAUAGCAAGCCCACGAUGCACAAUGCCCACCACAACACCAUGGUGGAGGCGAAGGUGAGGAAGCGUCUUUCCUAUGCCUUAGUGCCAGUUGAAGGUGGCAUGUGCGUUCCAGUGCCCUGGGAGCGCCGUCUUCGAUUCGAUGGGACAGUCCACAAGGAGGUGAAUAUGAGUCUGAUUACGGGCCAAACCAUUGCCACACUGUCCGUGCCAAUGACCACGCUCUUGGGCCUCUCGGUGGGAGAGGAAGACCGGGAGGUCGGUGGUGGCGUGGAGGCAGACACCGAGGGGGGCAACAGUGGAAUUGGUGCUGGCGCGCUGGCGUGCUGGGAUCGUGAAGGUGAAUUGAAGCAGAAGGUCUCGCAGCAAGAUGGGACUAAUCCACGACAGCUGCAGCUGCUCGUGCCAGGUGAUUUCGCCCAACUGACGGACGAGCAAGCUGUGGCGGACCUGGGUCCUUUGGAGAGCAAACUGGAUCUCAUCCUGGUUCGAAAUGCCGGCUUCUUCAAGUCAGAGAAGUUUGAGGGCGUCAAAGAAGGUUAUGCCUUCAAGCUGGGCGAGGAGGGGCUUGGAUACUACCUCGAUGAGUACCAAAAAGACCAGACAGGACAGCCGUCCGACAGCUGGGAUGGCCUUUGGCAGAUCGCCGAAACGGAAGCGGGCAUCGGCGUUGCGGGCACUGUCGGGCGGAGGACGGUUAUUAUCUCGAGGGGUCAAGUCUUCUGGGGCACCGACUUCUACCGCCGCGACGGCGCGGCCGGUGCCGGCGAUGCGGGCCGCAGCAGUGGCGUGUCCCAGCUACGGCGGGUGGACGAGAAGCGCUUCGUGGUCGAUGCCAAGGAGUGGGAGGAAGUAGCGAAGUGGGAGCGAGUCCUGAGCGUCAUGUACUUGCUCUAUGAUGAGGCGCCUGAGCCGCCUCGGCUCAACCGGGCAACCGGGAAACCUCCGGUUCAGCCGGCGGUUUCUCGGUUGGCCGGGUCAACCGGCGGUUUCCCGGUUGGCCGGUUCAACCGGCGGUUGAUCCGGUUGGCCGGUUGA